AUCUGACCUGCCAAGUAUUCUCCUCCGGCUUCAGUGUCAAACUCAAGUCCACGAUUCCUUCGAUUAUAUUUAGCAACCAUCAACUUAAAUAUAAAUCGCGAGACUUCGACUCGGAGGAUCGCUGAAUCAUUAUAUUGACAUGGGUGCAAUUGGUCUCAGAUUAUCGCUGUUGGCUUUCAGGAGUACUCGGAUUCAACCUUUCAGGCCAAGCCCGUCUUUCCAUCAGAUUCCUCCAUCCUACUUCCUUGCCCAUCAACUCCGAUCCGCUUCUUCCAAGCCGCCCUCGGACCCCAAGACUCUCCGAUCAAGUACAGAGCCCGCUAGUCCUACCUCCAAGAAGGGAACGAAGAACAAACUAUCUAAUCCUGAAUCGAAUCGCUCUCAAACUACCAUCAAAGCCGUUCCAGAAAACCAUGCUGAGAAAUCGAAAUCUGAACCUCAAGAAUCAUCUCCCUCUGGCCAGAUCAAUUCGAAGGACUCUCCUCGAUCGAGCCCAGAUGAAUCCUCAUCAAAUCAUCCCGAACUGCCCACCGAGACCUCCUCAUCAACUCUUGCCGCCGAGAUGCUCCAGGUAACAUCGGACCUACCCCCACCCCCACCCGAAGGAAGAACCGGUGCAAAAUCUAAGCUGGAUGGCAAGAGACCACUUUCAUCAACAGAUCAACGCCGCCAGCUAGUCACUCGACUCCUCGGCUCAUUGAUCCUCACCUUGUCUGGCAUCUGGGCUUGGAGUCAGACUCGGGAUUGGGAUAAUGAGGUCGAGAGACGGAUGCUCGGGAAAGGUGAGGAUGGCACUCGUCUGUCGAGGUUGCAGGCUCGACUAUUUGAUCUGUUUGAUUACUUCAACAAACCCGCGUGGAAUCCACUCUUGCCAGCCCCCUUACCUGAACCACAUGGAAGGCCUUACACUCUUCUUGUCGAUCUAGAUGAUCUGCUUGUCCAUUCGAGCUGGGAUCGUGAACAUGGCUGGAGGACGGCGAAAAGGCCUGGGGUUGAUUAUUUCUUGAGCUACUUAUCUCAACUAUACGAAAUCAUAAUCUUCACGACACAGCCAGCAUAUACGGCAGCCCCGAUAUGUGAAAAGCUAGAUCCAUAUGGGUAUUGCACGCCGUACAAAUUGUUCAAAGAGAGUUGUCGGACGAAAGGAUUGAUCAAACCUCAGUUGAUCAAAGACUUGGAUUAUCUAGGACGAGAUCUGAGGAAAGUGGUCUACGUGGAGACUGAUCCGCGCCUCGUCCAAUUACAUCCGACCAAUGGGUUUUUGAUUCCCAAGUGGAACGGAGACCCAAACGAUACUUCCCUGGUUGACCUAAUCCCGCUCCUAGAGGCAAUCGUCUUCAAUGCCGUUGACGAUGUCCGUGACGUCGCGAGGGCUUACCAAGGCCGGGAUCCUAUUCGGGCUUAUGCUGAGUCGGAGGCCAGACAGAAAAAGGAACUCUUACUGAAAUGGCACGAAGAACAGGAGAAGCGGAAAUCCAGAUUCCAUGUCGAUCUUCGUCAAUUGUUUGGAUUGAGUUCUGGUAACAAAGAUGAGUCGCCUCAACUAUUGGUCGAAAAAGAUAGGGCUCGAGCUCAACAGGCAUAUGUAGAGGAGCAAAAGUACUGGAAAGAGAACGAGGGUACAUUCAAGAAACUGAUGGAAGAAGACAGAGAACGACAGAUGGCCGAAAUGAAAGGUAGCUUGUUGAGCUUCUUGACAGGUCAGGUCGGCCCACCACCACCAUCAUCAUCAUCAUCAUCAACAACAACAACAGAAUCAUCCCCAGAAAACUCGCACAAUCAGAUAGAACGCUCGUCCUCCCCAUCUUCAUGAACCUUCAUUAAUGAUUUCCUCCAAGAAACAUUUGUCUCUUACUUUGUUGCUCAUCUCGAUAUAAUCACCUUUUCCGGAUACCCUCUCGAACCUCCAUCUCAUCCACUCUUUUUUUUCACUUCCAUUCAUCCCCUUUGUUUUUUGGGGCUGUCUUACUUUGUUUAUGACAAACGGGGAAGGGGGGGGGGCAGUUUGAGGGCGG